AAGCUGGUCUGGGCCGAGCCGCGCGCGGCUCCACGGACAAUGAGCCUUCAGGGGUCCCUGGCGCCGGUGACAGCCAAGCUGCUGCGCGGCUUGACCUCCAAGAACGCCUUCCACGGCACGUACCUCCCAGAUUUGGUGAAGGUGGGGCUCCUCUCGGGGCCGCUGGAGUGUGCCGAGGACGUCAAUCACGCGCUCCAGCAGGAGUGCCAGCUCGAGAUCGACAGCAGCAUGCACGACAUCGUCUCUACCAACGUUGACCCUUCCAGCGUUGGCUGCAUCAGCGUUGGCUAUCCCAACGCUCCUGGUCAUGCCGUCGUCAGGGACAACCACGACGGCAAGGCUGCCGAUCGAAUCUCAGCUCCAUGCACAGGUACUUUUUCUUUCAAUUCGGAUUGCACGGUCAAUUGCAGCAUACAGGCAGCUACUGAGCCUGAAUUCGACAACCACGCCUUCAGCGAGCGUGGCAUCCUCAGGAAGGGCGCGGCCUCCCGCCUGCUGGGCGGCGGCCGCAAGGCCACGCAGCCGAAGGCCGAGGACAUGAAGCUCCUCGAGGGGCUGCGCCUACUCUUGGGCGCUCCAGCGCAGGCGCCCCCCAAGCAGCCGCCGCAGCAGCCACAGCAGCCGCAGCAGCGACGGGGCAAACAGACCUUGCGAGAGGCGUUGCAGGACGCUCUCGGCUGGGCUCGGACGGACAACGCACUGAAGGGCAAGCUCGUGAAGAUCCUCAGGGCAGUGGACGGUGGGCACAUCACCCUGAGCGCGGACGGGAACAGCAGCGGCGCCCCUCCGGCGGGCGACAACAAAGGCAAGGGCGCCGCCGCGGCUCACAGCAGCGGCGGCGGCAAGGGCAAGGGCGGCGAGGCCGCCAACCUCGGCGCCACGGGCGCCAAAGCCAAGGACAAGACCGCCUCCGGGAACCCCAACGGCAGCGGCAAAGGCAAGGACAACGGCACCGGCAAGCCUCCCGCGAAGACUGGGAGUGGCGCUUGGUCGCUCUGGCAGCGCGACUGGCCGGAUGCGACGCUCAGCCGGGCCGGCGCCGUGCUCGGCAAGCUCAGGCAGGCCGAGCUGCCCAGCAAGGGACAGACAGCCACCCUCGCCGACACCGUCGAGGAGGCCGACGAGAUGCUCGCGCUCUGGCGGCAGCACUUCGGCGAGAACAGCGCGGGCGAGGAGGCCGCCAAGGACGCCAGCCUCACCGUGGGUGUCGUGGUCAAUCCGGUGGCCGGCGUCUCCUGGAAGCCGUCAGGGGCGGCGCGCGCCGCCACCAAGCACAUCACCCUGUCCAAGAUGGAGCCGAACGAGGUCACUGGACCUGCCGGCCCGGUCGUCCAGAGCGCCGCGAAGCUUCCAGUCAAGGUGGACACGAUCACCGUGCGCCUCACGGUCUUCGAUAAGUACAUGGACGCCCUGAGCUUGGGGAACGCCAACGCCCUGCUCAAGCAGGUCUGGCCGGCCGGGGCGAAAGGCAUGCAGUUGGGCAAUUGGCGGCCCACGGGCUCGCACGACGAGGCCCAGAGCUACAACAUGUACGUCACUGGUACCAAAGAGCAGGUCGACGCCCUCAUUGCCAUCAGCGGCAAGAAGGGCGUUUUCGUGGGGCACCUCGCCACGAACAGGAACAAGAUGGCGCGCACUACGGUGUCGUGGGUGCCGCGGCCAGCGGACAGCACGGACAAGGAGUACCUCGAGAUCGCCCUCCAAGCCGCAGCGGGCGCCCCGCUGGUCCACCGGAUCGGCGGCGGGCCAGACCUCGGCUUCGAACGAGCGGGGAUAGACGUCAAAGCGCCCCCGCCUUUCGUCUGGAAGGCCACGACUCCCAAGCGGUGGCGUUCAGAUCAACUGGAGAGUUUCCUGACAGGGAACGGCUGGACGGAGCCGCAGGUGACCGGCGACCUGGGGCACGGUGUCUGGCGGUUCCGCGCCAAGGCGCGGCCCGCGGAAAGCACUUCGUACAUGUGGGAGGGCGCCGACCCGUCCGAGAAGAUCACUGCUCUGCCAAUGCCGCGGAAGGUCAAGCAGGAGACGGUGGGCAAGCAGCUCCGCAGGCCCGCGCUCCCCUGGCUCGACGACGAGGACACCAAGCCAGACGACGACGUCGCCAUGGACGACGCGGACAAGAAGGAUCAGCCUGGCGCUGGAGGCCCUCCCGCGCCGGCAGCGGCCGCGGGCGGUCAGGGCGCCGACCAACAGGGAAAGCAGCAGGGCCAGCAGCCGCCCCGGGACCCAGCCACCAAGCAGGGCAAGGGCGCGGACGACGGCGACCGGGCCCACAAGCGGCUCAGGCUCGAUGGCAACAACGUCAUCAAGGACAAGACGUGCAUCCUCGACGGCUACGAGGUAGUCGAAACCGGCGGCAAGGGUGCAUGCGGCUACUGCGCGGUGGUGGGCUCGGGCAAGAUGGCCAAGGACACCGCGGCCGAUCUCAGCUCCCAGGAGGUGCUGGACAAGAUCAUGAAAGAGGCCGGCACCCUCCGGGUCCAGACGGUCCAGCACAUGACCAACAACCCCGACGUGUGGGAGCCGUACUGGUGCUUCGACCCUAAGGCCGCGAGCCACACGGGACGCACGUGGGCCGAGUACCUGAACAAGUGCACGGACAACGCUUUCUACAUGGACGAGCUCCAGCUCACGGCGACCGCGACGCGGCUCAAGCGGAUGAUCACGGUCGUCUACCGGGACGACAAGAACGGAUGGGCCAGGAGGACCUUGGGCGACCAGUUCCGCAAGAAGGGGUGGUUCGUCUUGACGCUCGUGAAUGAGCACUUCCAGGCAGUCCGCCCGGUGGCUUCUGGCUGGCCGGAGGCUCUCGCCGAGGACGUGGGGGGAAGCAUGCCUUGCAAGGGCAGAGGAGGCGGCCGCUCGGUGCCACCCCCGGCCUCCACGAGCAGCAGGGCGCGCUCGCGACCCCCCGCCGGCGCCGGCCGGCACGCGCAGCAGGCAGCCUCACCAGCUACGGCGUUCUCCUGGGCCACGCGGAGCCGGGCUGGCAGCCGCGGCAGCAAGGCCCCGCAGUCGCCGGCCUUCUCCUGGCUCUCUGAGGACACCUUCGCCAGGGACGCCGCGAGGCCGGCCAGCGCGGCGGGCCGUGGCCAGCCCGGCGCGGAGUUCCGCGGGCGCAGCUUCGCCCCGUUCUACGGCAGCUUUCUCCUGGCUCUCUGGCCGGCCGCAGGCCGGCAGGGUGGCCGACGCAGGCUCGCGAGGGCCCGCUCAGACGAUCAGAUCGCGUGCGAGGAGUUCGAGACGUUCCUCUGCUCUGCACGCGCGGCGUACUCGCACGAGGACCGGGCCCUUCCCGCAGCCCAGAAAGCGGAGAUGGACGGGCUGACUGCUCAGAUGCAUCAGUGGCUGGACUCCUCGAGGGCCGGCGGCCGGGCCCCCACUCGAGCAGCCGUCAAUGAGAAGCGCAUCGAGUACGACGCGGCGCUCACCAGGUGUACACUUGCACACCCGCUCCGGGGAGACAGCUAUGCCUGCCCCUGCGGCUGGCGGCCGAGCCCGGGCGCGGACUGGAAGACCAGCAACGACCUUGCACGUGCACAUUGGUCAGCGUGCCAGCCUGGGCGGAGGUGGCCCCGGCUGCCGGCGGAGAAGAAAAGAGCCCUACUCACCAAGUAUCGGGGCAUCCACGUGGCCGGCUGCAGCGCAGCCGCCUGGGCGAAGUACGACGGGCGCAUGGGCACCAUGACGGGCGAUUUCAAGGCGAAGUGCUGCGACCUCGACCGCACGGACCAGCAGUGCACCAAGAACACGAUCGGCUGCAAGCUCACGGCCUUCAAGUGCACGCGGCCGCUCGGGCAGAAGAAAGGCGGCGGGCCCUUGGACCUCCCCACGCUGUGGGAGUGGCGGGCUGCAGCCAAGGGCUUGUCUGGGCAAGCCGCCAAGGACAACGUGGCCGGGCAGGCCGCCAAGUCUAACGCGAAGAACCUGGCGUGGCAGCGCAAGCGGAAGCUCGACCGCACGGACGCGGAGAGGGCCGAGGACAACCGCAAGCGGAG